AUGCAGCCCAGGAUACAGCUGGCUUUCUGGGCUGUGAGGGCACAUAGCUGCUCACGUCCAGCUUGCCAUCCACCAGUACCCUCAAGCCCUUUUUGUUGGGGGAGUGCUCCAUCCUUACAUCCCCCAGCUUGUACUGAUAGCGGGAGGUUGCACUUGGAUUUAUUGAACCUCAUGAAAUUCUCCUGAGUCCAGUGCUUGAGCCUGUCUAUGUCUCUCUGGAUGGCAUCUCAUCCCUUGGUGUGCUGACCACACCACACAGCUUGGUGUCAUGUGCAAACUUACUGAGGGUGCACUGUUUAUACUGUAGUUUGGCAGCUGCUAAAACACAUGUGAUUGCUGAAGUCUGUAACUAAAUGAGAGGAAUGGUCAGGCAUUGCUUGUUUUCUGUUCCAUGUAUUGCAGAAAAGUCUUACUGGUGCCUUUAUUUUUUGUCUUCUUUUUCUGCAAACUUUUGCCAACAUUUGAGGAAAAAAUCUCAUGAUCAGUAUUUUUACCAGAUGGUCUGGUGAAAUGUCUGCCUUAAACUGCACUUUCCAAACAAUUCGUGCUGCAUAGGUGUACAGCCGAAUGUAAGAAGUCUUAAUCAUUUUGACAACUGGAAAAAAAUCAGAAUGACUUCCUUUUGUUUGAUGAAACUUCUCUGUCAAGCGACCAGAAAUGAGACUAAAUAUGCAAAAAGAUUCUGUGGUACUCUCCUGUCACAGACAACACAGAAGGGAGUUUUUCCUCCAUUCUGGAUAGUGGUACCCGAUCCUAGAAAGACAAAUGCGUUUGUAUUUACUCAGCCAUUUUGUACAGCUGAAAAAUCUCACAAAGAUCCAAAAAGGAAAGCGGCAUUUGGAAGUGUUGGGCGAAGAAUUCCGUAUCGGAUUUUGCACGUAAUCAACCAGGAUGGAGAGAGCUUAGGAGAUAUGCACCGAGCAGAGGCACUCAGACUGAUGGAUGAGCAUGACCUGAAACUGGUUCUGCUUCGCGAGAAUGCAGAGCCUCCUGUGUACAGACUAAUGACUGGGCAGCAGAUUCACGAAGAGAAGCUGAAGCGUGCAGAGAAAGAAAAAGCGAGCUCAAAAACAGUGCUGGUUCAGAAGGAGUUAUCCUUUUCUUCAGCUAUUGCCAAGAAUGACUUGGAGACCAAGUCUAAACAGAUAAUGCACUGGAUUGAAAAGAAAUACCACGUGAAAGUGACUAUCCGACAGGCAAAAGACAGCAAUACGGACAUGUUCACGCUUUUUGAUCAGAUUUUGGAGACUGUGUCUGACAAAGCCACUUACCUUUCCAAGCCAAAAGCUAUUAAGGAAGGAACAGCUACGUGCAUUUUGAGACACAUGUCUGACAAAGAGUUGAAAGCAUACCAGAAGAUGGAAAAACAGAAAAACAGUACAGUAAAGAAAGACGAAAAUGAAGAGCCAAAGUCAAGUGAGUUGCAUUAAAGACUUUAUAAGGAGGUAAAAACGAUAUUAUUUAAAAAAAAAAAGGACUAUAAAAUAAAGGUUUUUUUGCUGGGC